AUGGUGGCUGGAGUGAGUGGAACUCCUGGAGUAUCUGUACCAAGCCAGUUGGUGGUAUACAAACAAGACAGAGAGAAUGCGCCAAUCCCGAACCAGCAUAUGGUGGGAAACACUGCGAUGGGACCGGAGCAAUGCUAAGAGAAUGUAACAACAUGUUCAGUUGCCAAGAAGGUAACAUACAAACUUCAAAAUUUAGGAGUUCAUUAUAAGUGAGAAAUCCUUCAUGAAUGCACAAACUCUGUAUAUGUAUGGAAUUCACUAUGCUUUUCUUGAAAGAAACAAAACAAGUCUCCACUAUCAUUAGUACUACAAUAUAGGUACUAAAUUCUCGGAGCAAGCUUUCGCUGAUAUUUGUGGUCGCUCUGUAAGAAGUCUGCACUAUCUGCGCAAUGGCGAUUACAAAUUUCGUUGGACUGCCCGUAAGCAAUACCUUUUUAGCUAAUGCGGUAAUGCUAACUAUCAUCUAAUGAUAAGAAAUAUGUUUAAAAAUGCGAGGGCCUCAGUUGCUAAAGAACAUUUUGGCAUUGACCUGCUGGCAAAGAAAAUCAUGUUAGCUAGAAAGGAAAUUCUUCCACCAUAAACUGAAAAGAAAUAUUUCAACAAAGCAAGGACUACUGUUACUAGGUAAUUAUAUGGGGACAUCAUCAACACAAUAAUUUACCUAUACUGAAGUAGUUCACGCUGUUUAUUGUUAUCCUUAUUUAUCAUUUUUUUUUUAUACUUGAAGAAUUUCCCCUGCGUUUUGAAACAGAGAAGAACCCAUCUGUCGGUACAAUGAAGAUAUUCUCAAACAGCAGCUGGCAAAAGCUGUGUACCAGUCAAUGGGAUGAAGCAGAUGAAAAUUCAACCUGCAUGGCCAUGGGCUACUAUAGCAACGUUGUGUAUGCUAAUGGCACAUGGUACCCAGAACGUGGCAAUGCUUCCGAGAUGUCCACCCACUACAACUGUACCAUUCCCACCACAUGUCAAAACAACUUGAAAAAGAAACAACAAUUUUGCAAAGGUAAUAAUAAAUUGCACUCAUGUAAUAUCCACAUAAUCUCCAAAGAUGGUAACUUGAUAGAUUUACUCACACUCCAGGGAAGAAAACUUUCCCGAGAUCAAUGAUUGUUCAUCUUCGGGUAUCUUUUAGGUUCUAAAAAGGUAUCUAUCGCUAAAAAUCUAGUGAGUUUCUAUUGUUUACACCCUAAGACGAUUAUAGUUGAAUUACUGCCGAGAGAAGAACCUAGCUGCGCAGUUUUCUAGAUUAUUCCGUGAGAAAUGCUUUAAAAAUGAGGUUCUAGUUUAAAAUGUAAAUUACCCUUUUGUGUUCUCCGAAAGUAAACGUUUUCGGGCAAAGAAAACAUGUCUUGAAUUUUUCCAAAUAUUUUGAAAAAAAUAUCUAGUUUUACAAGUUAAAACUCAGUUAUGAAGCAAUGAAAAAGAGGUUUGUCGUAAAACAUUGCAGCGAGGAACCACAUCGUGACAACGAACGAUGCGGCCAACGUUCGAAUACUGAAUAAUUUGCACCCAGAAUUUCCCUUAAAACAAAACACUUAGUCUGGCAUGAACUAUUUAUCAUUUCGUGAUUUAUAGGCAUUCUUGAUUCUUGAUAAUUAGUGUUUUCCAUCUUAACGGAUUGAACUUUUUGUAAUUUCAUAAGUUCCUGUUCGCUUGAAUGGCGCAAAUGUGGACUAUGGAGGAAGAGUGGAAGUGUUUUACAAGGGGAAAUGGGCAAAGAUAUGUAAGAAUAAAUGGGACCUUCAUGAUGUCAAAGUUAUUUGUCGUCAACUUGGCUUUGAAGAGGCUUUGGCGGAAUUUAUUGGGUCAGACAUAAAGGCUGAGGGAAUACCUUUUGCAAUGUCCGAUGUCUCUUGCACCGGAGAAGAGUUUGAACUUGCAUUAUGCGAUCGCAUUGAUGGGAAGUUAAAUAUUCCACCUCAAUGUCAAUCGGAUGACAAGGGUUCUCAAGCGUUGUGUCAACCAAGUAAGCAACUAAAUUUUUAGGUGUGAUUAGUUAUGCUGGUUUUCGUGGUUGUCAAUCUUCUUCCCAUUGACCCUCUAAAGUAGAGGGAAAUCAGAGUAAAUUGAAUACACAGAUGACCAGAAGACCAUUUCUCAAAACAUUCUGCUGAAGUAUAACUCGCGGACAAGCAUAUAACUGUUCGCAGAUUUUAUACUUUAUAUUUUAUAUUUCGCAUACUUUGUAGCCCAAUAUAUCCUAAUAAUUGUGGUGUAGUUUUUUUGUGAAAAUGCAUUUCAGUUUUCGAGAAAUUAUUUUUUUCGUUCGACCGCUCAAAUAUGCAAAUUUUCACCCCGAAUAUUACCCGAGUUGUGUGACUUCAUGUAACGAAUUUACUUGACCUUCGAUAAUCCUGUCAACAUAAUCCUUUGUUUUAUCAUCUAAACUUAAUCCCCUGUCAUUAUUGAAGCUGGCAAAAAAAUAUGUACUUUUUGGUGAAUAUUAUUGUCCGACGUACUUUUCCUAUGUCGAAAAGUAGCACCAAAACAAAGACAGUUUUAACAAUGACCGAUAUGACAGAAUCUACUGAGCUUCAAGCUUUUAAAAGGCAAAUGGAUGGUUAUAAAGUUACUGUAAAAAUGUCCUUGUGUAUUUAUGUUGUUCUAUGGUGAGACGAACUCAAAGUCCGGCACUAAAUUUAGGGUGUGUUUACAUUGAGGUGGGGGACCUCAAUUCGCCUGUCCCGAUAAUUUCAUAUUUUAUUUUGAUCAUGUUUACAUGAUAGGUGGGGUGACCCGCCUGGGCGCGUUGCCCGGUCUGCCAGGUAGGGUAACCCUGUCAGCCGGGGUGACAAUUUGCCAUGUAAACGUCUCAAGGUGGGGUAACCCGCCUAGCCGGGGUUGCGUUCAUGACAAAAAGCGUGUAUCACAGAUAGUGCGCAAGACUUCUGGAAAAUUCAUAAUACCAUCUUGUGCAAAAUUACGGUCAAUACCCACCCUGUCAGCACCUAACAACCCACUUUUAACUGCUACGCUGCUACUGAAACAACGAUUAGUGGCCACAAAAGUGACAUUCAAAUAUUGUCAAUUCAACAUAAAAAAAAAUCUUCAUACAGGGUAAAUAUCCAUUUGUGUUGGGAUCAAUUAUUGCGUGACACAACUUAAGACCUGGCCUCCUGGCAAGAAGUAAUACCGAAGCGUAAUAUAUUAACCGAAAGAGCUUAUUGGUCUUAUAAAAUCAUUAAUAAACAAGGUAAGAGUGUUAUGUUAGAUUUUUUUACAAAUUGUAGUGAUUUAUGCCAAUAAACGGUGGCGAAAAGUAAGCAAAUUUUGCUGGACUUUGAGUUCGUCUCACGAUAGAACAACACAAAAACGCAAGGAAAUUUUUACAGUAACUUUAUAACCAUCCUUUUUAACUCGCUCUUGCGCACACUGAACUACUGCUCGUACUCUAAAUAUGACAAUCAACCACAAAAUUCCCUAAACCAGAUAACAUUAAACAUAAUCCAAAAAAUCAUGUAAAUCAUCUGUCAAUUCACGAGUUUGCUCACAGAGCACUUUGAUUUUUUUGUAGAAGCUCAGUAGAUUCUAUCAUAUCGGUCAUUGUUUAAACUGUCUUUGUUUUGGUGCUACUUUUCGACAUAGAGGAAGUAUGUCGGACAAAAAUAUUCACCAAAAAAUAAAUAUUUUUUUGCUAGCUUCAAUAAUGAGAGGAUUAAGUUAAGAUGAUAAAACAAAGGAUUUUGUCGACAGAAAUAUCGGAGGUCAAAUAAAUUCGUUACGUGAGGGCAAUAUUCACGGUGAAAAUUUGCAUAUUUGAGCGGUUGAACGAAAAAAAAUUUUCUCGAAAACUAAAAUAUAUUUUCACAAAGAAACUACACCACAAUUAUUAGGACACAUUGUCUACAAAAUAUGAAAGUUGGAGUGAAAGGAAAUUUUGGGUGACUUGCCGUUGCUUGUCUGAUGCAUGUUGACAUUAGCUCUUAAGAAACUUACCCUCCUUUUAGAUGAUUCAGCUUGGCCUUGAGGUGAAAUGACGUUAGCUAGGGUGUACACGACUUUCAUGAAUGUAAUAUGACUGCUCAUAAAAUCACUUGACUUCAGUUAAGGGUUACCUGAUUUUUUUUAAUGGGUGACAUAACCAUUUUUGGAUGCGAUAUAAAGGUUACAUUACUUUAAUAAUGGCUGAUAUGACUUUGUUUGGAGUAAUGUAACUUAGUUUUCAGUACGACAAAGUUAAAAAAUUUCUCAAGUUAAGCUUUAGUACAGGUAAAUAUAUUCAAUUUUUCUAUCUCUUCUUGUAGUCCUUGUGUUAAUUACACAAAAUUUGACUUAUUUUGACAACACCUUCCACACCGGACCAUUUUUUUUUGCAGAGAACAAGAAUGUGUUGAAAGGAGUUGAACUCUAUUUUGAUAUUGGCAGCAGAGAAAAGCUUCAUUGCUCUAUAAACAAUAAAACCAAUCACGCUAGAUGGGUCAUCAAUGAGCGAAAGCUUGAAAUAACAAACUCUACUUCUCAAAGGAUCAGGGCUGGAGACAAUGGUGAUCUGUUCAUUGAUGAUGUACAGCUGUCUGAUGGAGGAAUAUAUGAAUGCCAGAGAUUGGAAUAUGUUCAAUAUAACAUUGUCUACAUUAAUGGUAUGAAAAAACAAAUCUUUUUAUAUUGUAGAAAUAGGCUUAACAUGCAUGACAAUGUCAUGUAAGACAAGUACACCUCUGACCUUUCAAAAGUGUAGCUACGAUAUUAGUACUUUUCAUUACUCCUUUCAACAGCAAGAUUUACUGAAAAGACGUUGGACCAACAAACCGUUAUUGCGUACGAGUCUGGCAUUAUAAGCUGUAGUGCUGAUGGAAAACCAAAUCCCCAGAUUUCUUGGAGUAAGAAAGGAGGAAAGCCCUUAGACCCGAAACGAUUCACUCCAUUAUCCAGUGGCAGCCUGCGUAUUGGUCCUGUAAAGCCUAAAGACAAUGGAACAUUCACUUGUACCAUGAAACAAACUAAAGGAGCAAAGAGGGUUACAAGCAAAGAUAAAGACAUACUAGUGAGAGUUAUAGGUGAGUGACCAAUGAAAUAAUAUAUAGAAGGUCAUAAAUUCAGGUCUUCAAAUGUGAUUAAUUUAAUUUACUCAAUUUCAAAACCUUUUCGGUGUUCAUAUUCGCAGCUAUGUGAGGCGACAUUUUAUCGUGAAUAUGUUCGUUUGUUUUAGUUGUUUGAAAGUAGGGUGUCAUGUUAAAAAAAUUAGACUUAGGUUAUUUUUCUAGGUGCAGUUCCUCGUCAUAACUCAAAUUAAGUGCCCCUUGAUGAAGUUUAUAGUUUCUUUUCAAACUGGUAAUGUGCUUUAGUCGACUUCGGUUGGUCGUAGUGACAAAUUCACUUUCUGAAUGCAGUAUAAUCGUUUGUCUGGCCAUUAAGUCACUUUGGAUAUGGAUCGCGACUUUUUGACUGCAUAUUGCGUCUUCUUCGUGCUAUAAGGUUGGUAGAUAUGCAUGACCUUAUGAAACUCUCUGUUUGGCUGUGAUUGGCUGGAAUCCCACACAGGCUUCGAUUGGCACACUUUGACCAAAUGUUCUUCCGAAGUCCGCUGUCGCAAAGUUAUCCUGUUUUUGUGUUUCUUGUGGUCAGCAUCCAUGUUUCUGGGAUGUCUGCCCCAAUGUCCAAUUUAUGUCCUAACAGGCAAAGUCUUAUGUGGAUGGCCUCUUUUACCCUGCAUUUAUAAUAAUAGGAUCACUUUCAAUGAACUCUACUUCAGUCCAGGGGAGGUGGUUUCCAGGUGUCUUCUGAAACUGCAAAGGCCUUUGUCUUGGCAUGUCGUUUCUCGAUCUGCGAUAUUGCUCGUUUAACCUCACUUCCAUAGGUCUGCCUGUUCUGCUGAUGUAAACUUUGCCGUACCUACAUGGAAUCUUGUAAACCACGGGUUCUUGUUUUAAAGAUGCAGCGCCAUGGAUGGCGGGUGUAUUGUUACUAUCUGUAACAUCAGUGAAGUGAAUGGCAUGCUUUCGGUUCUUCAAAUGCUGUGGGAAGCUAUCAGCGUUUUCGCGAACCAAGAUUGUGAAUGUGUCAUAUACAUAGCGUUUCCAGAUCCUUCGCUGGUAAGAUGAUAAGGUUAUCGAUUGCUCCUAUGACUCUUUAUGUGGAGAUUAGCAAUAACGGCGGACACCAGACUCCCCAUGGCUGCGCCCUCAAUACGAAGUUCGAAAGGUUCGUGAUCUGACAAACGAUUAUACUUCAUACUAAGCGCUACUAGUACUGUCAUCAUCAAAUGUUCAUUAAGUUACGUCGUCUAAUGUAUUCAGUGUAAAUGAUAUAGGAAUACAUCCGAUUUUCCAAGAAAAUGUUAUUAAUUUACCUUUUAGUUCGACCAAAAGUGGAUAUUUCUGGAGCAAGCGAUCGCAUCAUAGAAGGAAGCAGUGUAAACUUGACGUGUAAAGUUGUGGCGGGUCGGCCUGAACCACUGAUCACCUGGUUCAAGAAUAAUACAUUGCAAGGACAGAGUUUGUCUCUCUUCUUUUCUGAGAUAAAAAAGGAGGACGAAGGGCGGUACACUUGUAAGGCAGAGAAUGAAGCAGGCAUUUCUACCAAAGACAUUGACAUUUCUGUAAAGGGUGUGUUUGUAGAGCUCACAACUGUAUUAUAAAUCAGUCAUGCAAUUGAUAUGUUUACAGUGUGUGGAUCAAUAGUCAGUGGGCCCGACUCUAGAUUAAGGUGUCUGGGUCUGAGCUAAGGAUAAGGUAAUUGUGGAAAACUAUCAGAAAAAUUAAAAAAUGCAAGGGCUUUCAGCUAUUAUCUACGACUGAUUCACCAGUGAGGACCAGGUUAAUUAUUCAUUGCGAAGAACUGGAAAGUCUUUACAAUUGUUCCUUUGUUCCCACUCUUACAAUUUGAUGAUUUCAUGGCUAAGUUAGUAAUAUAGCCUGACUGACAUGGUUUUUGGAAGGAUUUGUUUGAUAUGAUCAAAAAGUGGUUCAUUUUCUUCCUCUUCUUCUUUUUUGUUAUUUAUUAUUUUUUUUUUUUUUGCGGGUGGGGGGGGGGGCUGGGUGGUUUCUAAUUUUGUAAUUUGUGUUUACAUCCUUACUUUGCAGUUCCACCUCGUGUUAGUAAUGAGUCAAGAAAUCUCAUCAUUGCAUUGGACUCCACAUUUACAAAAGAGUGUUAUUUGAGAGGUGAUCCACAAGUAUCUGUCAACUGGACCAAGGAUGGAGUGCUACUUAGUAAAAACAACACCUUGGUUAUUAGACAAGUGACGUUUGAAGAUAAAGGCUAUUAUGAAUGUACUGCUAGAAAUGAUUAUGGCGAAGCGAAAUCUUCCUUCUGGAUCGAUGUCACAGGUAAAUCCUAUAUUGUAGUUUAUGUCAUUAAUCAAACUUUUAACUUGACAAAGCGUUUGGUUUUGAGGUUUAAGCCAAAUUUAAAUAGAACUGUUUUUGUGAUUAGCAAAACAAUAAAUGUAACUUGGAAAAAAGACGGAGACUCACCAUCCGAAAGAGCAAAGACUGAUACACCAUUAUGGUGUAAAACUUGAAUUUUGUUAGUACUUUUACUACCAUCGAGAUUUGUCUAAUGGCCAUAUAUUUAUCUUACACAAUCAGCUAAGCAAGUGCCCCGAGCUAUGCAAAGUUUCAACACUUCGUGGUAUUACAUUGGUGGAUCGGUGGUGGUAGCAAUUGUCAUUUCGCUAAUUUUCUGGUAUUUCUGCAAGCGUCGAAGGACGGGUGACGUCAAUUUUUCCGUGUUAUUUCAGAUUUCUUUGUCUGAAAGUAAAAGAAGGAAAUGUUUAAACUUAUUUAACAUGUCUGCUGGGAGGGAUGGGGAACACUGAGCUAGAGUCUAAGAGUAGAGAUAUUUUUAUAAGAAUUACUCGCGUCCGGCCAAAAAAUGCUAAUUGUAGAGUUUUUUCACAUCUGUAUAUGUUUUGAUAACAAUUAUAAACUCAGCAAAUAUGAAGUCACUCCUAAUUUGUGCAAAUUCAAAUUAUACUGCCAUUACACAGAAAUUUUAUUAGAAUAUUCGAUUUAAUGAAUUAAUGCAAAGCUUUACCUUCUUUAUCCCCUUUAAUUCAUCAUUUGGAAUUGCAGCUAUGGCUCUGUAAGUCAACUAUUUUAACUUUUAUUCAUCAAAUUCAUCGAAAAAAGAAAAAAAAAAUACACCAUUACCAUGAUGACGCAGUGCCUUUACUUUUAUCGUGCUUAUCGCGUUUAUGAUGCAUUAUUAACAUUCAUAAAGUGUUGUUAGAAUCCGCUUCAUUAGUUCCUUUGUUUAAUUUCUUUAUCUCAUUAGUAUCUUCCAUCUAUUUCCGGUUAGAUUAAUUCAUAGAUUAAUUACUUUAAAAAAAAAUGAAAUGCGCGGAAAAUUUCUGAUUUUAAAACUAACUGUUUCUUGUUUAAUUUUAACAAACGACGAAAGUAAUGUUGAACUUCAUCCGAUUGACAAAGUGUACUUAAAUAACAAUAAUUACUAAUAUGUUUUGUAAAAAUCUAUGCUCCUGGUUUUGUAAAAACAUUGUUUUCUCACUAUCGGGAAGAGAGAUUAUCUCGCCAAAUCAAUUUUUUUACCCUCUGAUUUCUCUUUUCUUUUUAUCUCUUUUCUUCUUUUUUUUAACCUGAAAGUAUACAAUGUUGAUUUCCUAUAUUUAGUCCUGAUCAAGAGCAGGCAAUUCAGAUGGAGCCAUUGAAUGCAGAGGUAGAUGAGUGGGAGGUUGCGGUGAACCGUGUCCUGCUACAAGAUGUCAUUGGACGAGGGGCGUUCGGAGCCGUGUGGAGAGCUCUCCUGAGUUCACCAAAUGGACAACCUGGAAAUCGGACAGUCGCUGCUAAAUGUUUCACGCGUAAGCCUCCUUAAAUGUGUUCUAUUGAUAAAUAUGUUGAUCUCAGGGGUGGUUAUAAAAAUGUUUUAUUUGGGGAGGGGGUGGGGGAGGGAAGGGGUGGUCCAAAAUUACUUCCCGACCAACGCACAACCCCCUCUUCUUCACUCAAGGCUACGCGCGGGAAACAAAAAGAGAAGGCGGGGGGAGGAGCAAACAAACAAAGAAGAUAAUAAACAAGUUUGCUGCAAUAAUUCUUGUUUCCAACAAGUAGUGUAAAAGGUCACAAUGCGCAACAUUCCCCCCCCCCGGGGGUGUUGCAAAUACGUUGGUUCCUCCCUCUUGAUCCGCUGCUGAAUCCAGUAGGCUUUUUUUUCCUUCCUUUGGACCUAUUCCCCUUAUUAGUGACUGAUUAUCCCGGGUUGAAGGAGGCAGUCUAACAGACUGACUACACGGUGCUUUUCGCUGUCAAAAGACAUUUACCGAACCAAAGUCAAGCAUCUGCAUUGAUAGUAAAACUAAAGAAAGCAAGAACUAUUGAUAGGAUUCAAACCUCAACUGGUUUCGAUUCGGCCUUUGUACUCACAGUCAACUCAGCCGUGGCUGAGGUCAGAGAGUUGGGCAAUCUGCUAGCUGCGAAAAUUAUCAUUCAAACGGUAAUAGGAAGAUGCGAGGUUUGUAACUCUUCCGGAUUCUUUCUGGCUUGAACUUGCGUGGAACAAAUGCAUUAAUCAGAAUGUGUCUGAAUUAAUUUAUACUUUUGUUGUAGCCACUGCUGGAGAGGAAGGAAGGAUAUGUCUGAUGAGGGAAAUUGAGCUGGGGAAACUUAUCGGUGAAAACGUUCCGCCAAACAUUGUAAAGUUCAUGGGCUGUGUUACGAAAGAAAGUAAGUACUAAGCGUACAGCAUCUUUUCUAGGUAUAUGUUAUUAACGAUGGUACAAAUGCUGAAUAAACCCUCUCAGGACCUCUUAACAUAAGUUCCGUAAAUAAAAUGUUAAUGGAACGAAGUUUCUUUUUUUUUUUUGGCAACUAGACUGUUUUUCUCCAAGAGCAUGAAUCCAUCGGCAAUUUACUAAGAUCUCGGUCGGAUAGCCUGAAAUCUCGUUAAAUGGGCUAACCGGCUUUUUAACCUAUGGCAAAUUUUUAAAAGUAAAUUUUGAUGAGGGUUGAUAACGAAAAAUGAGUCCUUCGUGUAGGCUAAACUGCUUAUGAAGAAAGUCAUCCGGAAAUUUUUUUUUUAUAUAUACAGUAAGGAGCCUUGACGUGGGGUUUAUUUACUUUUUCUUUUGUUUUACGUCACUUAAGUUCACCCAAUACUCAUCAUGGAGUACAUGCCAUGUGGUGACCUGCUUGGUUACCUGAGAAAAUGCCGAGGGGUGAGGGAUCGGUAUUAUCUUGGUGAGGGAAGAGCCCAGGAUUUGACCAACUACGAUCUUGUGAUGUUUGCCAAACAAAUCGCCGCCGGCAUGGUGUUCCUUGGAACGCGAGGGGUAAGUAGAUUACUUUUCACGUGUCAAUUCUAACUCAGAAAAAUCUUUCAGAGAUUUAAACUUUUUAUUUUUCAAUAGCUCGGAUUUUGGCCAACAUAUUUGAGUCCUUUUGAAUUUAGAUAAAACCUCUAAGACCUUUUUUAGCCAUGAUGCUUUUUGUUGACAUUAACAGGUCACAGUAUAUGUCAACAAAAUAAGUCAAAAGCUAUGAUUAUCUGGAAUGGUAUAAAAUUAAGCUUAUGUAGCUGUCAAAGAUCGAGUAUGCGCUGAUGCUUCAUUUUUGCUGUUCGAAAGUAGAGUGAAUAAUAUAUAUAUAUAUACACAUACAUAAUAUAUAUAUAUAUACACAUACAUAAUAUAUAUAUAUAUAUAUAUAUAUAUCUGAAAGUUGGACAAAUCAAUAAGACAACUUUUCUCUGACUCUGAGUUUCACGCUUACGCGAUCAUCAGACAAAAAGUGGUGUGAAUAAUAUAUAUAUAUAUAUAUAAUAUACAUAUAUAUAUAUAUAUAUAUAUAUGAAAGUUGGACAAAUCCAUAAGAUGUAACUUUUCUGUGACUCUGAGUUUCACACUUACGCGAUCAUCAGACAGAUCAAGAUCUGUAAACUCGUAAAGUUAUGUCCUAUUGAUUUGUCCAACUUUCAGAUAUUCCGCGCUUUGCGAACGCAUCGAGCGCCAUACCGCAAGGAUAGACUAUAAUCAAGGUUUAUUAUUUAUAUAUGUAUAUAUAUAUAUAUAUAUAUAUAUAUAUAUGAGGGUUGACCUUAUCACUGAGACAUAACUUUCUGUGACCCAGAGUUCUAAAAUCUGUCUAAUGUCGCGUAAGCGUGAAACUCAGAGUCACAGAAAAGUUAAGUCUUAUUGAUUAGUUCAACCUUCAGAUAUACCCACGCUCUGCGAACGCAUCGAGCACCAUGCCGCAAAGAUAGACUAUGACAAAGAUUUAUAUAUAUAUAUAUAUAUAUAUAUAUAUAUAUAUAUAUAUUCAUGUACAAACCUUAUUGCGACACUUAAAAAAAAGGAAUAAAGGGAAAAAUGGAACUCCCUAGAAAUCUGUAAAAGGAAACUAAGGUAAAGAGAAAACCAUCUGUGUUUUUCUUUUUUGGAACACAACGGGUCCUCUGUUGGUUUACCAUUUCUAGAUUUCAUUUUAUUAUCAUAAUUAUUAUGAUUAUUAGCAUAGUUAUUACUGUUAUCAUUAUUACUAUUAUCAUUAUUAUUGUUAUCACUAACGUUAUUUUCGCUGUUGUAAAAUUUUCUUUUUAAUAAAAAAAAUAGAAAUCUUGGUUUUGUCAGCAUUAAAUCAUUAUAUGGGGCCGACUUAGUUUGAGCCCUUUUUUCGUUCGAAUAUACUCAGACGUUUGAUUCGCCGCUGCUCUAUAUAAACCUAUCGUUUCUUAGCUUUUAUAUUCUGGCUCCUUAUCUUCUGAUAGAUUAUCCAUCGUGACCUGGCGGCUCGAAACGUUCUCCUUGACAAAAACUAUGUUUGCAAAGUGACGGACUUUGGUAUGGCAUAUCAAAGCUUCAAGUAUGGCCAUGGAAAUGCCAAAAAGGUAGAAAACACUUUUUUGUUGCUUCAGUGCGGGGUUUUUCUGGAAAAAAAGUUGUAAGCGUAAGCAUAUUCUCUGCAUAAUGUUAAUGUACCUCGACUACCAACAGGGUUUCAUAGCUCACUUUGAAUUAAAAGAAAGAAACAAAACAAAACAGAGGUAGAAAUAAACAGAAUGAAUACUCUGGCCUGGGCAUCGGGAUAUGUCAAUUUCAUUAACGUUUUUUGUAAAGUCUCGCGAAAGGAGUUACAUUUUCUUUUUUCCGUGACAGCUUUAUAAAGGCUAACAUUAGAUUGACCAAUAAGGGAACCAGAAAUUUAGCUGUCUUUUCUCAUUGAAACAUAUUUACAUUAUGCAGCUUCAUAUUUUUUUAAAGAUGGUUUUGAAAAAAAAAAGGACAUAAGUUUUGUACGGCAAACGUUUAUUGGUUGUUUCUCCAGGGAUGUUUGCCAAUCAAAUGGACUGCACCAGAGAUUCUGCUGGGAGAACUUGCUGGACUUUCUACCUUGAGUGAUGUGUAAGUAUAGAUAUGUAUAUUAAUCCACCAAACUAACGAAAUGACUAUCUUUGGAUUUUUCUUUAUCAAUUCACGUUAAAAAUUCACUCAGCGAUUAAUUGUAGAAUAUUUCUGAUAUGCUCUUCACAGGUGGUCCUAUGGAAUCGUUCUGUAUGAGAUAGUUACUCUUGGUAAGCAAAGCUAUGUUCAGUCAAUACAUUUAACGCUUAGAACAGCAAUGCGCAAGCGCUAGAGAAGUGAUGCUAUUUUAAUUACUAUUAUUUUAAUAAAGAUUUGUUUUUACUUACUCCUUGGCCAUUCAUCACUGUAAAAUUCUUUAAGCUAAUUCUUUAUUUCUUACGUAAUGUUCCUUCCUGUAACUUAGGUGUGACACGGUCUCUGUAGAGUUGAUAAAUUAAGAAAUGUGACAUGCACUUGUCCUUAUCCUUUGACAGGAGGAAUUCCGUACGACGGAUGGCAAGAAGGCAUGGUGGUUGCAGAGGUCACAAAGGGAUAUCAGAUGCCAAAGCCCGAUCAUGUUGAUAACAAACUGUGAGUUGCACUUUUUUUAGCAUAAUACCAACGUGUUCCUAAAAAUAACCUAAGAUCCAAGACGACACAUUUUACCGUUCUCAUUGCUGAAAUCUUUUCAAUAAAGUAACUGAACUACAAUCAUAUCAGUAGGUUUCCGUUGUGUGAAUGUGAACCAGGAGCAUACCGUAUUCAGCGAGAUGCGGCGUGGACAAUUAUGACAUUAAAAUGUAUUUGAAAAACAUCAGAGAGAGUGUAGUAGUGCGAUAUGUUCAACGUCCCAGAACAUGCCUAAACCAUUGCCUAUACUAUUUUCAAUAAAAGGACAAACCUUAGCCAUUGCCUAUACUAUUUUUAAUCAAAGAUUCCUGUAGGAGGACCUUACUGGUAUUCUUUGCACAAUCCAUAAAAAGGUAGUUAAGAGUAUACCAUGAUUGUUAAAUUUCAGGUAUGAUAUCAUGAAAAGGUGCUGGAACCGUAACCCUGACUUCCGUCCUCCUUUUGAAAGCCUGCGACAAAGAAUGGACAAAUACAUUCGUGAAGAGGUUUGUUUCUAGAAUUGACAACUUCCUCAUAUUUUUUGCUUUUUAAAGACUCGAAAGCUUUUCAAACUUCUUACCUUGCCCCAUGUGUUGGGAGCAAUACUUAGUAGCUUUGGUUUUAUUUCCGGUCGCUUUAUAAAAGCUUCAGCUGAGACCAUUCAUACUUCUGAUAAGAGACAUUUUCCAGCCCGUCAGGCCAUUUACGGGCAUUUCAACUUGUUGGCUCCUUCUGAUAUUUAUGGCGGUUGUUAUCGUCCUCAGGGCAUAAAUCUGGUCAGUUCUACCCACCUACUUGCAACUUCUCUAUUUUCAGAGAGGAAAUAGGAAACUCACUUAGUAUAUCCGCGACUUUGAACCAAAGAGAUUCUCAGUUCGCCGGGGAAGUGAUCGCACUUUUCAGCUUGACUUUCCAGUGUUUUAACGCUCUGCAGCUAAUGUAUUACCCUCAUUUGUUACUUUUUUCCUAAGACAUACGUGGAACUUCUUAACUUGGGCGCUUAUGACAAGGCAAAAUACUCCAGGGUUGAAGAUCUCGGAGAUGAACACGCAGGACCAAGUGAGGAAGUUGCAAAGACGGCCUCUGCUAAGAGAUUGGGAAAAUGGGCCAGUGACCGUCGUUAG